AUGGCCUGUUGUUUAUGUGCGAAAUAUUUACUUUUAUUUUUCAACUUAAUUAUUUGGUUAACUGGUGGUGUUUUUCUUAGUUGUGGAAUUCUUGUUUUAUAUAAACGUGAUUUACAUGAACUAUUUGCACUUUUAUCUUAUGAUUCACAUCUUGUACCAUCAUUUCUUAAUGUUGGUUAUGUAUUAAUUGGUGUUGGCGCACUUGUCUUUAUUGUUGGUUUACUUGGUUGUUGUGGUUCAGUACGUGAAUCUCGACUUUUACUUGGACUUUAUGUCUUUUUUAUAAUACUUGUCAUGGGUGGAGAACUUGUUGUAGCUAUGUAUACAGUACUAUUAGGUGACGAAUGGGAUACAAGAUUACCCAAUACAUUAAAAAGACGUCUUUCAACAUAUAAUUAUUCAAUACCACAAAGAUUUGAAUUUGAUUUAGAUACUGUUCAUAAACAGUAUGUCUUUUUUAUAAUACUUGUCAUGGGUGGAGAACUUGUUGUAGCUAUGUAUACAGUACUAUUAGGUGACGAAUGGGAUACAAGAUUACCCAAUACAUUAAAAAGACGUCUUUCACCAUAUAAUUAUUCAAUACCACAAAGAUUUGAAUUUGAUUUAGAUACUGUUCAUAAACAGUUUGCCUGUUGUGGUAUUGAUGGUCCAACUGAUUUUCAUGCUAAUGCUGAUUAUAAAAUAUUUGGUAAUCGUCUUCCAUCAUCGUGUUGUAAUCAUUUAUUAAAUGGUGUUUGUAAUGAAGCUGAUUCACAUCGAUUAGGUUGUUUUCAAAUUAUAAAUGAAUAUGUACAACUUUAUUCACGAUUAAUUGUUGGUGUUGGAAUUGGAAUUGCUUUACUUGAAUUAAUUGCAUUAAUUAUGGCUGUAUGUGUAUGUCGAAAUAAAGCUGACGAAGAUGAAUUUUAUUGA